AUGCUCAACAUCCAACAAUAUUUAAUGCCCUCAUACCUCUUAUUUUUGUUGGUCACCAGCAUCUCUUCUCUGGACUGCAAUUCACUUUAUUUCUACCUAAGAAAUGUCAGCUGGGAUGGCAUGAAACUUUUGAGCAAGAUGAGCAAAGAGUUUCCUUUUCAAUGUCUAAAUACAACGAUGGACUUUGAGUUUUCCCAGGAGCUUCUACCACCUGACCAAUCUUUAAUGGAUGUUAAGAUAGCCAUCUAUGAAAUGUCCCAACAAAUUUUCAACAUCUUCAGUCAGAAUUACCUCCCACUCACAUGGAAAGAGGAAAAUAUUCAAAAAAUUCAAAUUAGACUUGAUCAACAAACUGAGUAUCUACAAAGAUGUUUGGAGGAAGAUGAGAAAGAAAAGGAGGCCCUGGAGAAAGAGGAUGAAGAUGAAAUUAGUUACUCAGGUCUUGCUGUUCUCCAGCUGAACAACUUGGAACUGAAGAAAUAUUUCAAGAAAAUAGGCAGUUUCCUAAAGGAGAAGAAAUACAGCCACUGUGCAUGGGAGAUAGUCCGACUGGAAAUGAGGAGAUGUUUCUACACACUUCAGAAACUCAUAUCACAACUCAAAUAA